AUGUAUUUAUUGAAUGCUUACUAUGUACAUUCUUCUGAUCUCACGUAUGUUGCCCCAGUCACUGUCAUCCACUUUAUUCUGAAAUUUUCAAAAUUCAGUUUCCCACCUCAGCCCCAGGGGUCAAAACUAUGGAUGAUAAUGGAAUACCUAGAUGGAGGUUCAGCCUUGGAUCUUGUGAUCACCAAUGUCUUGCUUUCAAAACAAGGUGAUGUUAAACUGGCUGACUUAGGAGUUGCUGGCCAGCUGACAGAUACACAAACUAAAAGAAACACCUUUGUAGGAGCUCCGUUUUGGAUGGCUCCUGAAGUUAUUAAAUAGUUAGCUUAUGACUCUAAAGCUGACAUUUGGUAUUUGUGAAUUACUGCUAUUGAAAUCGCCAAAGGAGAGCCUCCAAAUUUUGACAAGCAUCCAAUGAGAGUUCUGUUUCUUAUUCCAAAAAAACCCCCAACUCCUGUUGGGGAUUUUACUAAGUCUUUCAAGGGUUUUUUUGAUAUUUGCCUGAAUAAUGAUCCAUCAUUUUGUCCUAUAGCUAAAGAACUUUUGAAAUACAAGUUCAUUGUAAAACAAAAUUCAAAAGAGACUUCUUAUCUGACUGAACUGAUCGAUUGAUUUAAGAGAUGGAAGGCAAAAGAACACAGUGAUGAUGAAUCUGAUUCUGAAGGCUCUGAUUCGGAAUCCACCAGCAGGGAUGGUAAUACUCACCUUGAAUGGAGUUUCACCACUGUGUGAAGGAAGCCUGAUCCAAAGAAACUAAAGAAUGGGGAAGAGUAAGAUCUUGUGCAAACCUUGAGCUGUUUGUCUAUGAUAAUCACACCUGCAUUUGCUGAAUUAAGUGAUAAGAAUAAUGCAAGCCGAAACCAGACAAUUGAAGAAGAACCCGAGAAAAGUAUUGCUGUAGUUGAAGCUGCCUCUCCUGGCAUCACAGAUAAAAUGGUGAAGAAAUUAAUUGAAAAUUUUCAAAAGUGUUCUGCAGAUGAAUCCUCCUAA